GCAGCAGCAGCCCCAAUCUCGAGCGACAGCAACACUGCAGCCAGCUCUGUCAUUCCAAGGUUCUUGCGCGAGUUCCACAUUCCUGAGCAAUGGCCGCCCGUCGAGCUCUCUCCUCCAGCCGACUCCUUCGACCCACGAGCAACACCAUUCUACGUUCUGCUUUUGCCGGCCCAGCACGCUCAACUGCCUACAAGAUGCCGAUCAACAGUGACGCCGGCAGCAAUGCUCUGCGUCGUCUCAACGCCACUGCCUCACACUUCUACACCACUUCCGCCGGAUCAUCAGCCACCGACUACCGUAAGUCGCACGACAAGGUCGAGAACCCAAUCGACACGCACAACUUUAUCGACAACGAAUUUCGUCCUUCACAGGCUACCGAGUGGAUCGACCUACAUGAUCCCGCAACCAACAACCUCGUCACCCGCGUUCCUCAGUCGACCGAUGAAGAGCUCAAGGCUGCCGUGGACAGUGCCGAGAAGGCCUUCCCGGCUUGGAGGGCGACCAGCCUGCUGGCGAGACAACAGAUCAUGUUCAAGUUCGUGGCUUUGAUUCGUGAGAACUGGGAUCGACUUGCGGCAAGCAUCACCCUCGAGCAGGGCAAGACGUUCGCCGACGCCAAGGGCGAUGUGCUCCGUGGAUUACAGGUUGCAGAGACGGCAUGCGGCAUCACUACCCAGCUUCAGGGAGAGAUUCUCGAGGUCGCCAAGGACAUGGAGACCCGCUCAUACCGUGAACCUCUCGGUGUGACCGCCGCCAUCUGCCCGUUCAACUUCCCCGCCAUGAUUCCUCUCUGGACGAUUCCUGUUGCAACCAUUGUCGGCAACACCUGCGUCAUCAAGCCUUCGGAACGAGACCCCGGCGCCUCAUUGAUCCUAUCUGAGCUGGCAGCCAAGGCCGGCUUCCCACCAGGCGUCAUCAACAUUAUCCACGGUUCCCGCAGAGCUGUGGACUUCAUCCUCGACGAGCCCCGCAUCAAAGCUAUUUCAUUCGUCGGAUCCAACAAGGCGGGCGAGUACAUUUACGCCCGCGGCAGCGCCAACGGCAAGCGUGUCCAGGCCAACUUGGGCGCGAAGAACCACGCCGCUGUCCUACCCGAUUGCAACAAGAACGCCACUUUGAACGCCAUUGCCGGUGCCGCGUUUGGUGCUGCAGGUCAACGAUGCAUGGCUCUCUCGGCGCUGGUUCUCGUGGGUAAGGAGACUCAGGGCUGGACGCACGACUUGGCCGAGCGAGCCAAAGCACUCUCCAUGAAUGCUGGUUUCGAGUCUGGUGCCGAUCUCGGCCCAGUGAUUUCACCAGAGUCAUUGAAGCGCAUCGAGGAUAUCAUCGCAACAGCUGAGAAGGAGGGCGCAACGAUUCUCCUGGACGGCCGAGGUCAGAGACCUGCCAAAUACCCCAACGGCAACUUUAUUGGCCCCACCAUCAUCACCAAUGUUACUAAAGACAUGACCUGCUACAAAGAAGAGAUCUUCGGCCCCGUGCUCGUCUGCACCAACGUGGAGACCCUCGACGACGCCAUCAGCCUCAUCAACGCGAACGAAUACGGCAACGGCGUCGCCAUCUUCACCAACUCCGGCUCGACCGCUAGCCGUUUCCAAAAGGAAAUCGAGUCCGGCCAAGUCGGCAUCAACGUGCCGAUCCCCGUGGCUCUGCCCAUGUUCAGCUUCACCGGAACCAAGAAGUCCGUCGCCGGCGGUGGACUCAGCACGUUCUACGGCAAGCCUGGCCUCAACUUUUUCACCUCGUAUAAGACCGUCACCAGCCUUUGGAGGGCGGAGGAUGCUAUUUCCACCAAGGCUACUGUUGAGAUGCCGACACAGUCAUAGGGAUGGCAUAUUUGGCAGCGUAGAAUAGGGAAAUAUCGAUGCGCAUUGUGAAACACAUAAUAAUAGGUUUCUGUCACGAUUAAAUCGUGAGACCGCCCCGCGUGGUGAUGUUUUGAUAGCAUCUUCCAAUCCAUUCCCCUCAUGAGCCAUCCUCGAGAACCAUCUUCACCCCUUCGUCCGGGUUCUCCU